AUGAACCCCGAAUAUGACUACCUGUUCAAGCUGCUGCUGAUUGGUGACUCUGGCGUCGGCAAGUCGUGUCUGCUGCUGCGUUUCGCCGACGACACGUACACGGAGAGCUACAUCUCGACCAUUGGCGUGGACUUUAAAAUUCGCACGAUCGAGCUGGACGGCAAGACCAUCAAGCUCCAGAUUUGGGACACGGCCGGCCAGGAGCGUUUCCGCACCAUCACUAGCAGCUACUACCGCGGUGCCCACGGUAUUAUCGUGGUGUACGACGUCACGGACCAGGAGUCGUUCAACAACGUCAAGCAGUGGCUGCACGAGAUCGAUAGGUACGCCUGCGAGAACGUGAACAAGCUGCUGGUCGGUAACAAGAGCGAUCUGACGGCUAAGCGUGUCGUGAGCACGGACGCCGCCAAGGAGUUCGCCGAGAGCCUGGGCAUUGAGUUCCUGGAGACCAGUGCGAAGAACGCCGCCAACGUCGAAAAGGCCUUCAUGAUGAUGGCCGCCCAGAUCAAGAAGCGCAUGGCCAACGCCCCCGUGGCUCCCAAGGCCGGCGUCAAGCUGACGCCCGGCCAGCAGGUUCCGUCCAACGGCGGAUCGAAGUGCUGCUAA